AGCAAAAAGUUGCAGCUUGAUAGGAUCAUGGUGUGUUCCCUUUCCACUUCAAUAAUUUAUCUUUUUAUCUUAUAUAUAAAUAUAAAUAUGAGUGCAACUGUGAUAAUUAUUUAAUUUCUUAUUAUUAUUAUUUAUGUUUUUUAUUUAUAUUUAUCUCCUGUCAAAGGAACUACUACACAAAGAUCAUUCUUUUCUUUGUCCACUAAAUCACAUAAACUAAGCAACUCCUAGGACUAAAGAGUCUCUCUCAGUAUUCUCUUCUCUCUCUAUGGUAUUCCUUCUUUGAAGAAGCUAGAGUGCACUGAAAAUGGAGAAAACGGAAGAGACUGCAUCAAGACAAACUGAAGUCAUGACGACUACUCCAAAAACAAGAAAAGGUGGCUUCGUUACCUUGCCAUUUAUUAUAGCAAAUGAGGCUUUUGAGAAGGUGGCAAGCUAUGGGCUUUUACCGAACAUGAUAUUAUACUUGUUGAAAGAUUAUCACAUGAGUGUGGCUAAGGGUGCCAAUAUAAUCUUCCUUUGGAAUGCUGCAACCAAUUUCUCGCCUCUUUUAGGUGCUUUCCUUUCUGAUUCUUACUUGGGUCGCUUCCUCACCAUUGGCAUUGGUUCCAUCGCCAGUCUCUCGGGGGUGAUCCUGCUAUGGUUAACAGCAAUGAUUCCACGACUGAAGCCGCUACCUUGUGAUCUAAUGACUCCAACAAGCUGUAAAACCCCAACAGGAGGUCAAUUGACCAUGCUCUUCUCUUCCAUGGCCUUAAUGUCCAUUGGUGCCGGUGGCAUUAGGCCAUGUUCUUUAGCAUAUGGAGCUGAUCAAAUAGACAACAGAUCUAACCCCAAAAAUGAAAGGGUCUUAGAGAGUUAUUUUGGCUGGUACUAUGCUUCCACAGCUGUUUCUGUUAUUAUUGCUUUGACAGCAAUUGUUUAUAUUCAAGAUCAUCAAGGUUGGAGAGUUGGUUUUGGAGUUCCUGCAAUUCUAAUGUUCUUUGCACUUUUCUUGUUCUUGGUUGCAUCUCCGCUUUAUCUUAAACCGAAAGCAAAAAAGAGUUUGCUCACUGGCUUUAUGCAAGUUCUUGUUGUUGCCUACAAGAAUAGAAAUGUUCCUUUCCCUCUUGAAGAUUCUGAUGAUAAAUAUCAUCGAAACAAGAAUUCGGAGUUCAUUGCCCCAACUGAAAAUCUGAGGUUCUUGAACAAAGCUUGCAUAAUAAGAAAUCAAGAACAAGAUUUAGCCCCAGAUGGAUCAGCAGCAAAUCCAUGGAGUCUAUGCACAGUAGAGCAAGUAGAAGAGCUAAAAGCACUUAUUAGAGUUAUUCCUAUUUGGUCGACAGGAAUAAUGUUAUCAAUUAACGUUAGCCAAAGCACAUUUCAAGUGUUGCAAGCGAGUUCCAUGGACCGACAUCUUACUUCGAAUUUCAAAAUCCCUGCAGGCUCUUACUUUACAUUUGUAGUCAUUUCUCUAGCAGCAUGGGUUGUUCUGUAUGACCGCGCUAUCCUUCCUUUAGCAGCAAAAAUCAAAGGUAAACCAGUUCGCCUUGGCGUUAAACUAAGAAUGGGAAUAGGACUUUUCAUUUCUUGCAUAGCCAUGGUAGUUGGAGGCAUUGUUGAGAACGUUCGUCGAAGAAAAGCAAUUCGAGAUGGGUACUUAAAUAAUCCUCAAGCUGUGUUGAACAUGUCUGCAUCAUGGCUUAUACCACAGUUUUGCUUGAAUGGAUUAGCAGAAGCAUUUAAUGCAAUCGGCCAAACGGAGUUUUACUACUCGGAGUUUCCUAAGAGCAUGUCUAGUAUAGCCGGAGCACUGAACGGACUUGGAAUGGCAGUAGCAAACAUAUUAGCAAGUGUUAUUCUAAGUGCUGUUAAUAAUGUUACUUCAAAAGGAGGCAGAGAUGGUUGGGUUCCAAGUAAUAUCAACAAAGGUCACAUUGAUAACUAUUAUUGGCUUCUUGCAAUAAUGAGUUCUGUUAAUUUGGUAUAUUUUGUACUCUGUAGUUGGGCUUAUGGACCCUGUAAGGAGAGAAUAACGAAGGUUAGAGAUGAAGGGAAUGGGUUCAGUAAGGAAGAAGAGGAAGAACUAUCUAUUUUAGGGGCGAUGAUUAAAGAUGAAGCUAAUAAUAAAGGGGUGGAAGGACAAGAAUUAUCAAGAGUUUAGGGGUGGAAGGAGAAGAAUUAUCAAGAGUUUAGUGGAUUUUCUGGCUUGAUUAAUUAAUUAAUUAAUCAAUUGGAGUGUAACCAUUGUGUGAUUGUUGUGUGAUAGUGAGAAUUAAGUAUAUUUAUAUAUCAUUUUUGCAGUUAUUAUAUAUUAAAUCUUCCUGUAAACCCAUUUGCAUAUCACAUAUGGGUGUUCUCUGAGUCUUAAUUAUAUAUAUAUAUACAAUAUACACAUUCUGUAACAUAUUUUUUCAACGAAAUUCUGAAUUAUUAUA